GAGGAUUCUGGGAGCAGGAAGAAGCGCUGAGCAGCCGGAAGGACACGAUGCUCCCCGCUCUCCGCCAGGCGAGCCCCCCGCCGGCAGCUCGAAAUGCCCGGGACACGGAUAGCUGAGACCUAUCGCCGGUCACAUCUUCCACUAUGUGCUGACUGUCUGUAUUUACAGAAGAUAUAUAAGAAAGACAAACUUUAUUUUGGAAAGGUUUUUUGAUUCCAGUGGAAUCUGUGCUUAAGCUCCCUACCCUUUGCUUUGCAAGCUCCUAUUUUAAAGUGGGACAACAUGCCUGUACAAGCUCCACAAUGGACCGACUUCCUGUCCUGCCCUAUUUGCACACAGACAUUCGACGAAACCAUCCGGAAGCCCAUCAGCCUGGGUUGUGGGCACACCGUCUGCAAGAUGUGCCUGAACAAGCUUCACCGCAAGGCUUGUCCAUUUGACCAGACCACCAUAAACACAGACAUUGAACUGCUGCCUGUCAACUCUGCCUUGCUGCAGCUGGUGGGAGCUCAGGUACCCGAACAGCAGCCUAUCACUCUGUGCAGCGGGGCUGAAGACACCAAACACUAUGAGGAGGCCAGAAAGUGUGUGGAAGAGCUGGCCCUUUACCUGAAGCCCCUCAGUACUGCAAGGGGUGUCGGUCUAAAUAGCACCACCCAAAGCGUGCUAAGCCGCCCCAUGCAGAGGAAAUUGGUGACUCUUGUUCAUUGUCAGCUGGUGGAAGAAGAGGGUCGUAUUCGAGCAAUGCGAGCAGCUCGUUCACUGGGCGAGAGAACGGUCACUGAGCUUAUCCUGCAACAUCAGAACCCCCAGCAACUUUCCUCCAACCUGUGGGCAGCGGUUCGUGCCCGUGGGUGUCAAUUCCUCGGUCCAGCCAUGCAGGAAGAAGCCCUCAAGCUUGUCCUCCUGGCCCUGGAAGACGGAUCUGCGCUCUCCCGGAAGGUUCUGGUUUUGUUUGUGGUGCAAAGACUGGAACCGCGCUUUCCUCAAGCCUCGAAAACUAGCAUUGGGCAUGUUGUCCAGUUGUUGUACAGAGCCUCUUGCUUUAAGGUCACAAAGCGUGAUGAAGAUUCCUCCCUGAUGCAGUUAAAGGAGGAGUUUCGCACUUAUGAAGCACUGCGCAGAGAGCAUGAUUCUCAGAUUGUACAGAUCGCUAUGGAGGCUGGCUUGCGCAUUGCUCCUGAUCAAUGGUCCUCUCUUUUGUAUGGGGAUCAGUCUCACAAAUCCCAUAUGCAAUCCAUAAUUGACAAGUUGCAGACCCCGGCCUCGUUUGCUCAGAGCGUCCAGGAACUGACCAUUGCUCUGCAGAGGACUGGAGACCCUGCCAAUCUCAACAGAUUACGUCCCCAUCUAGAGCUGCUGGCAAAUAUAGAUCCAAGCCCUGAUGCUCCACCUCCAACAUGGGAACAGCUAGAAAACGGUCUUGUGGCCGUGAAGACUGUUGUUCAUGGGCUGGUGGAUUACAUCCAGAACCACAGCAAGAAGGGGACUGAUCAGCAGCAGGUGAGCGAGGCGCGGAGCUACUGCAUGAUUCAGCCGCCACAGCACAGCAAGUACAAGACCUAUAUGUGCAGGGACAUGAAACAGAGGGGAGGCUGUCCCCGAGGAGCUAGCUGCACCUUUGCUCAUUCCCAAGAAGAGUUGGAGAAGUUUCGAAAAAUGAACAAGCGCUUGGUUCCUCGGCGCCCACUGAGUGCCUCUCUUGGUCAGCUGAAUGAAGUUGGGCUGCCUACCGGAUCUAUACACUCAGAUGAGGGUCCUAUGGAUUUACCUAGUCGGAAACAAGCUGGCCUUCCCAAUGGCAUAGUGUCUGGAAACUCUGUGACACAGCUCAUCUCCCGUGGGACGGACUCCGGCUACGACUCUGUUAUGAAGCCAGUGAAACUGGAUCAUCUGAGCAACAGUGCCCCAGGCUCCCCUCCAGAGCUCCUGGACUCCGUCCCCAAAUCUUCUAUUGCCUCCUUACCCGUCAGCUCACAUCCACCUCCACAGCGUGUUUCUGGUGAUCUCCCCCCAUUGCCUGUAUCUAAACAGAUCCAGAUGGUACCACGAGGUUCCCAGAUUUAUGCUUCUCCCCAGGCGGAUAUGUUUUAUUCUGACCCAAGGGGAGGAGGGCCUCCAUUUGAGUCUGUACCCUAUCCUCCAAAUGUUUAUUACCCGCCUCAGCCUGUGUCGCGCUUUGUCAGACCUCAGCCAUCUGCUCCUGAGUCCACCCCUGCCUACCUCGAACAGUACCCUCCCUAUUUACAAGACAGAGUUGUUAGCACACAGUACGGAACCCCUACCCAACAAUAUUCUCCCAUGAACCAGCCCAUGUACCCUGCACACUACGAUACCCGACGUGUGUACCCUUCUACUCCCCAGUCCUAUCAGAGAGAGGAAAUGGUUCGCGCUAGUCCUGUACCACUGGACAUGCCACCUAAUGCUGGCUCUCCUUAUGCUUCCGAAGCCAGAGACCGAUACCAGACUGUAGAGGGCUACUACCCUGUUGCAACGCAUCCGGGACAGAUAAGACCAUCUUAUAACAGGGAACCCUACGGCCGUUUGCCUCCCCAGCAUCAAUCACAGCCUCACCCCAGCCUGGAUGAUCUUCACCGCCGCCGAAAGGAGAUCAUGGCUCAGCUAGAAGAGAGAAAAGUGAUUUCUCCCCCACCAUUUGCUCCUUCACCCACGCUGACACACCCUUUCCAUCAAGAAGAGUACCUUGAUGAAGAACUGAAAAUCUCUGGGAAGUACAAAGGGAAUGACUACAGCCAGUAUUCACCCUGGUCCUGUGACACAAUCGGUUCCUACAUUGGAAGCAAAGAUGCCAAACCCAAAGAUGUUUCUGCUGGAGGAAGUGUCGAAGUAGCAAAUGUUGACAACAAAUCUUUGAGGGAUCAGCGCCUUGAGCUGCAACGCAGAGCCACUGAAGCGGGAGAGGACGAUCUCAUUCCGUUCGGCGACCGGCCUACAGUAUCUCGUUUUGGUGCCAUUUCUCGCACCUCCAAGGCCUUGUACCAGCCUUCAGGCCCUAUGCAGCCAGCAAUGGCAAAUCAAGGUGUGGCGACAAAAUCCAACGUUUCUGAUUACAGUCUGUACAGUCACACCAACAUGGGAGGCCCUCCUUACCCACCCCAUCAAAACCUUCCUCAGGGACAUUUGAGUGAACGAGAUCGGAUAACUAAGCCUCUGCCUACAUCUGAGAAGCAGCUCAGGAUGGAGUUACAGCAGCUGAACCAGCAGAUCAGCCAGCAGACCCAGAUGAGAGGAAUGGAGGUCCCUAGUAACCGUCUGCUAGUACAGAGAGACCCCCCUGCGCUAGGAGGUCAGCAACAGCCACCUCCACCUCCACCAGCUAAGUGGUCCAGCAUGUUGUCCAAUGAACAACUAAGCCUCGAGCUACAUCAGGUGGAGCGUGAGAUUGGGAAGAGAACACGUGAACUUAGUAUGGAGGGUCACUCUAUGGGUGUGAAGAGUAAACCAGAUGUCAUCAAAGUUGAGAAUGGGCAAAUAGAGCCACAGAGCAAGGUUCUGUCGCAUGAUCUCCCACUAACAUUCAGCAAUGAGGUGCCAAAUGGAUCAAGCUUGGCCCAAGACAUCACCAUGCUUUCUGGAAAGACUGCUUCACUAACUCUUUCAGAAGAUUCCCAAGUUGGCGGUGACAAAACCGAGGCCCUGAGAACUGGCAUCAACUCCGCCACAGCUCCGUAAAAAAAGGGCUUUCCUGCAUAAUUUUUUUUUUUUUGCAUCUGAAAGUGUUUUGUCUAGGAGGAAAGUAUAUAGAAAUGAAACGGAGGAUUUUUUUUUUUUUUGUGUUUUUUAUUUUAUAAAUAUAUAUAUAAAUAUAUUGGAGGGAGAGCUCAGAGCAAUUGGGAGUAUAAAAAGAAAAAAAAGUUAAUAUUUAAAAUUUGCUUACAUAACCCCGUUUUUGGGGGUGAGAGAUAGCUAAAACCUGUGACCCUGCUCUUAUGUUCCCUCCCCUCCAAAGCAUGACAGGCUACGUAUAAAAUGUGCAUCGAAAACACCACUAGCAAGAACAACCUCUGCACAUAUUUUCACAUUAACACAUUUUUUAAUAAAAAAAAAUUAUACAGAAUACAAAAAAUAUAUAUUAAAAAAAGACACAGAUGAAAAUUAGCAGUAUCUGCAAGCAAUUCAAGAUUAGUUGUUUUUGUUCUGUGAAUGAACUUAAUUUUAAUACCUUUGGAUGCCUUGGAUGCAAGGCUUUAAAGACAAAAAAGGAAGAUAUUAUAUAUAUAUAUACUCUGUUUGAUUAAUUGUACGAUCUUAUUGCUGUAGAUUUACAUUUAUUUUUUCUUGUUUUGUUUGGAUGGUAUUACAUAGCCAGAGAUCUAUGACAGCCUUUUUUUAUUUGCUGUUAGGGGGGCGUUUUCUUUGAGCGCUUAGUCCUUAUAUUUUUUCUUAGCCUGUUAGAGGUAGUGGAUGUAUAAGGGCUUUGCAAUUCUUCUCUUGCCUGAGACAUGCAAAUAGAAAUUCAAUUGGCAGUUCUGUUAAUCUGGCUGGCAAAUCUAUAAAGAGUUAGAAAAAAUGUUUGAGGCAGAGUAAAUGCAUGAAUCAUUUUUCAGCUUGACCAAAGUGAUUUCUUCAAAUCUGUCUCCAGAUUUGAUUGACCCAGCAAGCUGAAUGUUGUAAUCUGGCUUGCAAUGCUCUGUCUUUUCUCUAUAGUGAUGACAUAAUGGAAGGAGCCACUAACGGGGUUGGCCAGUGGUGGUCAUUAUGUAUUCCAAAAAACAUGCUGGAGGAAGGCAGAAGCUAACUACAGAAUGAUGCCUCUUUAUGCUAUCCAGCCUUCUUGCAUAGUAGGAGUGGUGGGGUAACGAGACCAUUUGUAUUAUUUACAAAUCUUUGAGCUGGUUUAUGUUACAGCUGUGUAUGUGGGGGCAAACUUUUUUUUCUUCUAGUUUUUGAUAGAUGAGGAAAGGGUUAGACUGUGUCAAGUUUUUAUUGCUGCCUGUGCCCUACCUGGGGAGAUCCACCCUCUGUCCUGGUGACCAUUUGCCACCAAGACAGAAAGUGAUGGGAAAUCCAAAAUACUAGAGUGGUUACCAGAGGUGAGGGUAAAUCAUCCAGUCGGGACUAAUGUUCACAUGGUAACUCUUGGAAUUGCCCUCACUUUUGGAAGGUUUCCUCUUAUUUCCUGUGGCAUUUGCAGGAGAGGAAAGGAAAGAAAAAUUCCCCAGCGGGACAGACUGCAAAUCACCCGACAGCAGUUUUAACUCUUAUGUACUCUAUCCUAAACUUAAAAAAAUUUUUUUUUGCUAUACAUGCACCUUAGGUUUCCGUUAUCAGAAGGGGAGUAAACAACCUUAAAAAAUGUUCCACACAAAAAUCUCUAUAGUUUGUAUAGUGAUUUUAUGCCCUUAUUAUGCCAGCAAAUGAACAUCAUUUUUUGCCUAUGUUUUUAGAACAAGAGAAAGAUUGCUGACCCAUGUCUGCCUCGUUUAUCAGUGUCUGAAAGAAAUCUCUAUUAUCCCUAGCAGACAAUCACAUUCUUCCAUUCACUAUCUGCCCUGCACUGUCACUGAAAAAGGGAUUAUGUUAUAGGCUGCUAAGGGUUUCUUAGACUGUUCUUUUAAACGUUGUUAAGUGGCUAUAUAUUCCUUCAUUAAAGAGGAAUUCAAACUGGCUGUGUAAUAACUUCCCACAAUGUUUUGGUGGGGUAAAGCAAGAAUUUUUUUUUUUUUUUUUUUGUUCUUUGUAUUAGUGUUUUUUCCUUCUUUUUACCCUUCCUUCUCUCUCUCUUCCUUCUCAAGUAUCUCCUUAAUCUUUAACUCCUGCUGGGUCAAUGUCCGCCUCAGCAUUACGUUCCAUGAAUCCUAUAUCGAAAGGCAUGUCAACCAGAACUAUUGUACAACAUUAUGUACCUUUUAUGAUAAAAGGGUGGGUGUCCGAGGUCCCUGGCUUUACCUACCAGUUGAUGUUUCCAAAGCGAAGGUGCUUGGAUUUGAGCGCCUGUUUGAUUUUUUCCUUAUCGCCAGGAGGAGGCACCGCGUUUAUAUACUGUUUCACAUUGAAUUAAAUUGAACAUUUCGGACCUGCCGGUCACACAUUUGAUAUUUGCAUAUAUUGGCUUGGAGUUCAAGCUAACUUUUUUUUCUUUUUUAAUUUAAUUGAAUUACCAUAGUGUUAUGUGCGUUUGUGUACAUCUGCAGUGAUAAGCAAACACAUGUAAUAUGUUUUAAGGUUUUUUUUUUUUUUUUCUUCUCGGAUGAGUGCAGCUUCUAGGUUUAGGGAGAUCUGCGCACUUUGGAAGACGUUUACUUAUUUUUUUUUGAAAGGCGUUUAAUCUGUGCACUUUACAGGAAUAAAUAUAAUAUCUCUUUUCUCUGGGAAUUUAUUCAGGCACCUAUUUUUACAGUACCUAGUGAUUAAACAUAGCCUUAUAUUUAACUAUAUCCAUCUUGGGGCUAUAGUUUUACUGUAAUACUACUUCUAGUGACAGAAAAUAGAUUUUAAGGUAGUGUUAAAGAACCUGAGCAAUUAGAAUGAUAGCCUCAGUGCUGCUAGGAACAACAAAUCUGUGAAUUGCCCAAGUCUAAUGACCCACAUAGGUCAAUGGCAGGGGGUGGGUUUCUUUUUUUUUUUUUUUUUGAAAAUGAAAGAACUUUUUAAAUUAGUGAUCUAACAUUUUGGUAUAAAAUGCUUAGCCUUUUGUCACCAUCAUGUCACUAGUUGUGCACUGAUAAGCGGCACCCCCCCCCCCCCCCAUAAAUACAUGCCUCGAAGAAGACCACAGAAA